AUGACACACCAAGUUGAACCCCAAUCGCCUAGAGCGGCACAAGAACGCACCCCAUCCCCAGCCGCCCAAGCUAAACCUCAAGAAGCGAACCCGGCCACUAGCUCGAGUACGUCGGUUACAGACACGCAACCUACUCCGCCAAUGCUCACCCUGAACGCCCCUCCCCCCAAGGCCAAGAACCGACCAUUACACCCCAACUAUUACAUCGUCCAAGGCUUGGGGGAAGACCUCGAAGCCGGACCAUCAGAUAACUACUGCUCCGGGGAUCAUCUACCUAAUUCUCCACAAGUCACAGACAACAACGCAAUAUGCCUGGAGAGGAGCAACUUUGCCGCAGUAUUCAUGUUGCCAGCCGUGAAGGAUUGGCUAGUGGCAAAUAAGCCUUCAUUAUUCUAA